AUGUCCCGUUUGCCAGUCAUGUCGAAGAGGGUGCUAGGAAGCGUAGAGAACGCUCGCGACCUGCAGCCUGCUCAGAAGAAGGCCCGCAAGGAGCCAGAAGUCAUCCCAAAGCGAGCUGCUGCCACCGUCGUGGGCACCAGGCGGGCACCCGUUGCAGCAACCAGGGCAUCAAUUUCUAGGCCGACUAGAGUUGCAGGCACUGCGACCGUGGCCGCCGCCCCCUCCAGAGGUGUCUUUAAAGCUCCUGUGGCAUCCACCACAGCAAAAGGAGGCAAAAUGACGGUGGGAGUGGCUGCCACGGACCCAAAAGCAGGCACUGGCGGCGGACCCACCCGUAGGCAACCUUGGGACAUGAGAGGGAAAGUUAGCGACAUGAAAGGGAAGCUCCAGGACUAUCAGAUCAAGAUGAAAACUGUCAACCAGGAAAGAGAUGUCCUGAAAAGCUCCCUUGCUGAUUUCCAAUCUAGGAAGGCUAAGAUUGAGCGGGAUCUCGGGUAUGAACUUGCAGACAAACUACAAUUUUUCCUGUGCCGGGAAAGACUCCAGGUCCUCGUUGGUGUUGAGGAAGAGUUGGCGAGGGUCUCCAGUGAGAAGAAAACCCUGGAGACCGAGCACAAAAAUCUGGAAGACAAACACAGGGUCCUGCAGACACUGUGGGACAGUCAGAAGGUGGAGCUUGAAACCGUCAAGAUGCAGCUGUCAGUGCAAGAUUCAAGCCUGCGAGCAGCCAAUGAGGAGCUGGGCUUCCUCAGGGAAACGACGGCACGGCAGAAAGACAAGCUACACUCAGCUGAGAUGGAGCGACGGCAGCUCCACAAUACCAUUCAGGAGCUCAAAGGAAACAUCAGGGUCUUUUGCCGGGUGCGUCCCCUGGUUAACGGGGGGCUCGGAAACCACAUUCAGCUCCCCGCUGAAGACAAGAAGGAAAUAAAGCUAGCUAAAACGGAAGAGUCUCAUACUGGCAAGAGUGCCGACACGCAGAAAAACUAUAGCUUCAGUUUCGACCAUGUCUUUGGCCCAGACGCAACCCAAGAGGAGAUAUUUGAGGAGAUCUCCCUACUGGUGCAGUCGGCACUGGAUGGAUACAACGUGUGCUGCUUCGCCUAUGGCCAGACGGGGAGUGGCAAAACAUACACCAUGGAGGGAGCCGUAGAUUGCGACGAGAACCUCCGUGGUGUCAUUCCCCGAGCUGUGGAGCAGAUUUUUCGGGCUUCCCAGAAGCUUGCGGAACAAGGCUGGGAGUUUUCCUUCACGGCCAGCUUUGUGGAGAUUUAUAACGAGUGCCUCCGUGACCUGCUGUACAAGGGCAAGGCCGGCAACAGACCCGAACAUGAAAUACGCAUGUCUACAAGCAAUCAGCCGAGUAUCACCAAUCUCACAUACCAAAAAGUCACCAGUGAAGACCAGGUCCUACGCUUGAUCGCCUUGGCCAAUCAAAAUCGCUCCACAGCCCAGACGUCCCAAAACGACCGAUCAUCCCGCUCGCAUUCCGUUUUCCAGUUGAACAUCGAAGGGGUGAACACCGGCAGGGAUGUCAAAUGCAGUUCUACCCUGUGCUUGGUGGACCUGGCUGGAAGUGAGCGCAUGGUGAAGAGCCAAUCUCAGGGCGAACGCUUUAAAGAGAUGAAAGCAAUCAAUGGCUCAUUGACCAACCUGGGCAUUGUUAUCACUGCACUGGCCUCCAAGGAUAGCCACAUUCCUUACAGGAACUCAAAGCUAACCUACAUGUUGCAGCCUUGCCUGGGCGGGAACAGCAAAACCUUGAUGUUUAUCAACAUUGCACCUGAGCCGGACAGCUUUGGCGAGACUCUCAAUUCACUGAGAUUUGCCAGCAAGGUAAACAACUGUGUCAUCGGCACGGCCAGCGCCAACAGGAAAUAG